UUCGCUUCUGCUUAUCUGAAUGCAACCCUGUGGCGAUGUAGCACAGUUUGUUUUUCGGCUAUUAAAAACAAGACAUUAUUAAAUAAAAAGUGCAAUAUUUUAACGAAAAACAAAGUAAUUCUACAUUUGUAAUUAUUUAUUUAUGAGUUUGUGAAACUUAUAAUGUUAUAGCAUAUAAACCACACAAUUGUAUUGAUCGUCGACGUCACCUGAUAUUACUGGCCACGGCCUACGAAAAGGGAGAAAAACAAACAACAAAAGCCGUGAACUAAACAAAAAAAGGUGGAAUACAAUUGAUGAAAACUUUAAAAUUUCUUAUCAGUGCGUGGCGUAUCUGAUAACUGUCUUACCAAUUUAUAAAGUGAGUUUAAAAACUUGUAAUAAAAUAGUAUAUCUUUUGACCUGGUUUUGUAAGAGGAGCAUUAUCGUUGGUUAUUCGUACCAAGAAGAAAUCAAAUAUAAGAAAGUGUGACGUGUCAUAAAUAAUUGCGAUACUCAAUAACAGUAUCUAAAAGACAUUUCAUUAAUUUUUAAUCUCUAUAAAAAUGUGUGGCACAAAUUCGGCAAGUACAAAAGGCACACGCGCCCUUAUUCUCGUUGGUGGCUACGGAACACGACUCCGUCCUUUGACACUUAGUACACCAAAACCACUCGUAGAGUUUGCGAAUAAACCCAUUUUAUUGCAUCAGCUUGAAGCUUUAGUUAGUGUCGGAUGUAGGCAGGUUAUACUUGCUGUUUCCUACCGCGCUGAGCAAAUGGAAAAGGAAUUAAAACAGGAGGCAGAAAAAUUAGGCGUUAAUUUAAUAUUUUCACAUGAAAACGAACCCCUUGGGACGGCGGGACCACUGGCAUUAGCGAAAGACAUUCUCAGUUCCAGCAAUGAACCCUUUUAUGUGCUAAACUCGGAUGUGAUUUGUGAUUUCCCAUUUAAACAAUUAGAACAAUUCCACAAAAACCAUGGCAAAGAGGGCACAAUCGUUGUUACAAAAGUCGAAGAGCCGUCCAAAUACGGCGUAGUGCUGUACGACGAACAAGGCCGCAUUGAAAAUUUCAUUGAGAAACCACAAGAAUUUGUAAGCAACAAAAUUAAUGCCGGUAUAUAUAUAUUUAAUCCCUCCGUGCUGGAUCGCAUAGAAGUUAAGCCAACAUCAAUUGAAAAGGAAGUUUUUCCCGUUAUGGCUGAUGAGGGACAACUGUACGCAAUGGAAUUGCCUGGUUUUUGGAUGGAUAUAGGACAACCUAAAGAUUUCCUAACAGGCAUGUGCCUUUAUUUAACAUCAUUACGGCAAAAGCAAUCAUCCAAACUUUAUACCGGACCCGGAGUAGUGGGAAAUGUUUUAGUGGAUCCAACAGCAAAAAUUGGCGAAGGCUGUCGUAUUGGACCAAAUGUUACUAUCGGCCCAGAUGUAGUAAUUGAAGAUGGCGUUUGUAUUAAGCGUUCAACGAUUCUCACAGGUGCUAUAGUUAAGUCACACUCAUGGUUGGAUUCCUGCAUUGUUGGUUGGCGUUCGGUUGUAGGCCGUUGGGUACGUUUAGAGGGUAUAACCGUGCUCGGUGAAGAUGUUAUUGUGAAGGAUGAAAUCUACAUAAACGGUGGGCAGGUACUGCCUCAUAAAAGUAUAGCCGCUAGUGUGCCAGAACCUCAGAUAAUAAUGUAAAUGUUUGAUAAUGCUAUUUUACAGUUAUUGCCUGUAAUAUAAAUAGGUAUUAGUGAAAGUUUUCUAUGAUUUGUUCUUAAAUAUGCCACGAUUGGUCAUUGUCUUUAAAUGAGCGACAUUUUGAAUUUGAUUUAUUUGACAUUUCCAUUUAUAUUUUUUUAAUUUGUAAGCGUACAUACAAAAAUGUAUGUGAAAUUCACGAGUGGCUCCAAAAACAGUUUAAAAUUAAUGACGAGUAAUGUUUAUAAUGUGACUCAUAGAUAUGUGCACACAACUAGUAACUAUGUACGUGCUAAAUAAUGCUAAAUGUACGCUCAAGCAUGUUAUUCUUAAUAUAACUUUUUUUACAAAUAAACUUUUAUUAUAUAUGAAAUAAUAUUAA